ACAGGCGACGUUGACGUGGUAACGUAGGGCCAGUGGGAGCGUAGAUUGCAGCAGAGGGGUGUACUUUUGCUAGUAGCGCGCGGCAGUGGGUCGCGUGGUCCGCCCAGGCGCGCCGUUUGGUUUUGGCACUUGCUGAGUGUGCCUGGAAGUGGGGAACAGAGACAGUCGUUGGGUAGAGCUGGGGGCUGCAGCGCCUGAGGACAGGGCUGCGACCGUGUUUAGGGGAACAGCUGAGAAGGAGGGCCCUUGCCGGCAGGAUCCGAACCCGCUGUGGCCAGGGCUGGUCCCGCGGUGACCUGGGGCGGCCGCGAGAUGCUCGGGGCCUGGAGUCUGCUUCGAGCCCUGCGCUUCUGCUCCACUGCUCCCUGCCCCAGGCAUAGGCCUUUCGCCAGACUGAGGGUACGGGACGCUCUCGGGUCCCAGAACGCGAGUGGGGAGCGUGUUAAAGUUCAGGGAUGGGUUCGAUCAGUCCGAUCUCAGAAGGAAGUCUUGUUCCUACAUGUAAAUGAUGGGUCCUCUUUGGAAAGCCUUCAGGUUGUUGCUGAUUCAAACUUUGACAAUAAAGAAUUGACUUUUGGGAGUUCUGUAGAAGUCCUCGGGCAGCUGGUACAAAGCCCUUCCAAAAGGCAAAAUGUGGAACUGAAGGCAGAAAAAAUUGAAGUUAUUGGAAAUUGUGAUGCCAAGGCAUUCCCUAUCAAAUAUAAAGAGAGGCAUCCUCUGGAGUACAUGAGACAAUAUCCUCACCUGAGGUGUAGGACUAACGCUCUGGGUUCUAUAUUGAGGGUUCGCAGUGAAGCCACAGCUGCUAUUCAUUCCUUUUUUAAGAACAGUGGUUUUGUGCACAUUCAUACUCCAAUAAUUACAUCCAAUGACUGUGAGGGGGCUGGAGAGCUUUUCCAAGUUGAGCCUUCAAGCAAAAUAAAGUUACCUGAGGAGAAUUUCUUCAAUGUUCCUGCUUUCUUAACUGUAUCAGGACAGCUUCAUCUAGAAGUGAUGUCAGGAGCUUUUACUCAAGUGUUUACCUUUGGUCCAACAUUCCGAGCUGAGAAUUCUCAGAGCCGGAGACACCUGGCAGAAUUUUAUAUGGUAGAAGCAGAGAUUUCUUUUGUUGAGAGUCUUCAAGAUCUCAUGCAGAUUAUGGAAGGACUCUUCAAGACCACAACAAUGACGGUUCUUUCAAAUUGUCCUGAAGAUGUUGAACUCUGUCACAAAUUCAUAGCUCCUGGAUACAAGGACAGAUUAGAACAUAUGCUAAAAAACAACUUUUUAAUCAUUUCUUACACGGAGGCCAUAGAGAUCUUACAGCGAGCAUCACAGAACUUUACCUUCACUCCAGAGUGGGGUGUUGAUCUACAAACUGAACAUGAGAAGUACCUGGUGAAGCACUGUGGCGACAUACCAGUCUUCGUCAUAAACUAUCCAUUAGCACUCAAGCCUUUCUACAUGAGGGAUAAUGAAGAUGGCCCUCAGCACACAGUAGCUGCUGUUGAUCUUCUUGUUCCUGGAGUUGGAGAGCUCUUUGGAGGCAGCCUCAGGGAGGAACGGUAUCACUUCUUAAAGCAACAGCUGGCCAGAUCAGGACUCACAGAAGCCUACCAAUGAUUUCCAGGCAUUACCCCAAGAUGGUAACCCCAGCAAUCCAGGUAAGAUUACAUUUCAAAUCUUAGAAAUGUUUUCUCCGCCAUUAAUUCCCAUCCCCAUUUCACAUUUUGUCGUAACUUUCCAUCUGGUCUCUUGCCUAGCGGGACGUUGUGUUGUCUUGUUUUUUGGUCUGACAAGAACCUACUUGUAUGAAUGAUCCAUUCCAGAUCUAGACAACUCUUACCCUCUGACCAAACCCAGAGCCUUCGACACAGGUCGGCAAAAGAACUGUUUGACCUUUUGUCCCUCUCAGACAGGAUCUGCCAGAAGCCUCCCUCUAACAAUGUUAUGUAUUCGUAUUCUCUAUAAAUUGAAUCUGAAUAUUCAAGCAUGACUGAACAGGCAUGGAAGAUGCAUUUGGUGAGAUGGAUUAACUACCCAUCUUUAAAUCUCUUGCUUCAGAUAAUUAUAAAUGAAAGAUGCAUAUUUGGAUUAGAUUGCUAUUUAUUCAUAUAUUUAUUUAAGUAAUUGUUGAGACACGAACAAAAAUUGCAGAGUUGAAAGAAUAGCUUGGAUUGAAAUGAUAAGAAAUGUGUGAGGUAUUUUGGCUUCUGAUCAAUAUUUGUAUUCAGUCUGAAAUCUAAAGUAUGUAUAAUAAAAGGAAAAUAGGUAAGAGUAAUAUCCAAUUGUAAUUUCUUCCCAUUUUAUAGUCCAAAUUUUAAAAUAGGAAGGACAUUCAAGAAAAUAGUGCUAUGCAACCUUGAUUACUCUCUACUAAAAUGAUUCAAUAGAACUUCAAUAAAACUGUCUUGCCUAGGAACUGAGGCCCAUUGGAUAAGCGUCUCAAAUUGGAAAAAAAAAAAAAAAAGGACUAGUGAUGUAACUCAGUGGUAAAGUACUUCUGGGUUCAAUUCCCAGUACCCCCUCCAAGUCCUUUUAAAUCAGGUUAACACCCCUCCUGGAACCAGCUCAUUCUAGCAUUGCCAGGAGCCCUGUAUUUCCCAUCUAACCAACAAAGGCUCCAUUUAGCUCUUAACACAGCUUGGUUUGGAGUCCAGUGAAUCUACAGCCAUUAUUAGCAUGGUGGGUAGUUUCCAGAUGAUCUUUGGAAAGAAGCUGCAGGUUUAGGUGGUUCCUAAACUCAUUCACAGAGCAACUCAUUGAAUUAACGUAGUUCAUGACUCUUCAAUAACUUUUGCUUCACCUUUACUGUUUUGUAAUUGUUAUUAGUAAUGUGACUAUCACUUGGACAUUGCUUUUCAGUUUAUAAAUGUUUUCACAUAUUUUCUUAAUUCAUAGGACAAUGUAUUGUGGACCUUGCUCUUUUGUAUUUUAUUUUAUUUUUUGGUCCUGGGGGUUGAACCCAGGAGCACUCAACCACUGAAUUAUAUCCUCAGCCCUUUUUUAUAUUUUUUUGAGACAGGGUCUCACUGAGUUGCUUAGGACCUCAUUAAGUUGCUAAGGCUGGCUUUGAACUCGAUGAUCCUCUUGCCUCAGCCUCCCAAGCCACUGGGAUUACAGGAAUGAGCCACAGCUCCCGGCCUCUUUUGUAUUUUAGUGGGGUUGAAAUUCAUUUGGUUUAAUAAAGACUAGGUUUUAUAAAGAAUGGAAAUCCCUGAUAUUGAGAGGAAGUAGACUACAAGUAAAAUUCACCUUCCCUCAGCCUCCAGAGAAAAUGAAAAUUGAACUUUCUCAUAAACAAAGAAUCUUGCAUCUUAAGUCCUAGCAUUUACUGGACAUAUUAUAUAACACUUUGACCUCUAAUUUCCUCAUUCUUUGUAGGGAAAAGGGACUUAAGAAUGUGAAGACAGAUGUUGAUUGAGCCCAAAUACAUUCUAGUAAUGUGAAACACUAGGAAUAAAGAUAGCAGUGAAUUUAA